UUACUGUAUCUAAGAUCCGAGUCGAAGUUGCCCAGAAUUUCGGAAAAACAUUUGGAGGCGAUUGUCUCGUCUUCCGCCACUUCCCUCAACCUCACUGUAUAAACGCCGCGACAGCCUCGAUCCUCACUCGCUCGGCGGGGGAGAGAGGAUCGAAUCUCCUAUAGUCCCGAUCGGAGCCUUUUCUGCCGACGAGAUCGCUUUGCUUUUACCUCCUCGUAGAGCGUCAGAAACUCAUCCUCUUACACUUAUAGCCACAAAAACCACAACAAAACUUGUGGUCGAGAAAAUCUAACACCAAAAAUGUGAAUAAUAUAUACUUUAUUACUCCCAAUUUUCUCGUCAAUGAACGAUCUAGUCAUGGGGGCGGACCAAUUCUUAUUAACGUGGAAUAACCACCGCUCCAAUUUUGCCGAGGUCUUCACACAGUUGCGUGUGCAGGACCAGCUUGUUGAUGUGACUUUGCUCUGUGAUGGUGGCAGCUACCCAGCCCACCGCCUUGUUUUGGCAGCUUGUUCACCGUACUUUCACCAGCUAUUCACACGAUUACCCACCCAACAUCCUCUCAUCUACCUCAGAGAUGUGAAGCAGGCAGAGCUUGAAGCCCUGCUGGAGUUUAUCUACCGUGGGGAGGUGAGUGUUGCCAACAGUGAGCUAACAGGCCUCAUCAAAAUAGCAGAGAGCCUGCGCAUCAAAGGUCUUGGAGAUGUUUCCCAGCGUGAUCAGCAACCCCAGGCUGGAGAGAAGAGAGCUGGAACACCUUUCUCUCCAGCCUCCCCUGUGUCCCAAAACAAUAACCCCCGACCCAAAAAGGUACCACGUCUUUCUAAUAACAACGGAGAAUCAAAGGGCCUGGAGCCAAACUUUGCCUCCUUGCUCUCUCCCGCCAACAGCUAUGGCCAUGCUCUGAACAAGUCCAGCAAUAACAAGAGUAGUGAUGGAUUUGCACAGCUCAUGGACUCUGGGUGUCCAGAUCUCCCCGAGCAGGAACUAGAUAGCGACCAAACCCCAAACCCUGCAUGGGACCCAUCCCUCUCCGAGUCCAAACUGAGAUCCUGCCUCGAGGGCCUGGAGUCUGUCACCGCCGCUCAAUCUCUUGCUCAGUCUGUUGCUCACACAGUCGCUCAGUCCAUCGCAAUCCCUCGAACCCUUUUCACUUCCACCCCUACCAAAGUAUCAUCAAGCAAAAAAGAAUCGGCAGAUAAUGCCAAGGAGGGCAGCCGCGGCUCCUCCCGGAGAAAGAACCACGAGCCCCAGGAAAGCAAGAGAGGCAAAGGAGGAUUGAUAAAUGCCAUGUUGAACAUCAAUGCAGACACGGAAAAGGAGGGAAAAGUUGCCAAGGAGAACGUCAAGUGUCCUGAACCCUCUCCGCUGCCCCUUUAUGAUACCACAACUGACAUCGCAGGAUCCAUCGGGGAUCUGACCAACCCCAUCUUUGCUAGCUAUCGCCACAUGCUCAGUUUAGGGAACGACGACCGCUCGUUCUCUCCCCUGAUACCGACGACUGUCCAAGAGCAGCAGCAGGUCCCGUCCCCCACUGGGAGGGAAUCACGGAGUUUGACAUGUCAGUUGUGUGGCGCAACCAUCAAGCACAUUGCCAACUUCCGCCGUCACAUGAAACAGCAUCUCAAUCCACGUCGCUUCCCUUGUCCUUGGUGUUCUGCAGCAUUCGGACGCAAAGAUAACUUGAAGACCCACACACGGAAGCACCAUCCAGCUGAGGUUGAGGCCCAGGAGGCAGGUGUGUUACGAGCAGAGAGUGCUAGAACAGACAGCGGGGAAGGCGGAGAGGAUGGCACAGUCCUUACAGGUCUGAAUGGUCUAGAGAGCGAAGGGGGAGAUGGCACGGCACCUGAAGAUGGCGACAAGGAGGAUGUGGACCGGGAGGACUCGUCAGACCACCAUGAGAGCUUGGUGAUUGCAGAGGACACAGAGGAGGAGGAAGAGGAAGACGACGACUCACACCUUCAGGUGGAGAAGGCCUCUUAACUGCCCGGUAGCCAAAGAACCAAACAAGAACUAGGAUACCACUAGGGCAGGUCAGGGUUUUUGCAGCUAUUAUAGCACGUGGAGGGGAA